AUGGCUGCUGUAAUUCGAGAGAAUAUUGACAAUGUCAAGAAUAAACUCGAUCCAUAUUUACAUAGUGAACAAAUUGAUUCAUAUUUGAAACCUGUCGAAGAGAAAAUACGUUUAGAACGUUCACUAAUUGUUCUUGGUCUGUUUCCUAUUGUUAUCAUCUAUAUGAUCUUUGGUGGAUGCAAUGAUUUUGUUUGCAAUUUUAUUGGUAUUCUCUACCCCAUAUGUGCUUCAUUAUCAAUUGUUAAAUCAUCAGAAACAAAUUAUGCUAAAGAAAAAGAAUUGCUCAUUUAUUGGAUUGUUUACUCAUCACUGAUUUCUAUUGAGUAUAUUGGAUAUAAUCAAUUUCAUGCAUUACGUAUUUAUUGGCUUGUUAAAUUGAUUUUUCUUAUCUGGUUUAUAAACUAUGGUGCUGCUAAAGCCAAGAAAUUACUUGAACUUGUAGCUCUUGUAAGACUUUAUCAAAAAGAAGUGGAACAAGAAGAAAAUGAAGAAAAGGACAGCAAGUCAAAACGUGCCAAACGUAUUGAAGAAGAGAUGAUGGCUGAAUAUGAAGAAUCAUCAAAAGUGUCUGUAGUUGGUGUCACAUUCGCUGAUGAAGAUAUGAUACUCGUGUCUAAUGUAUUGAAAAAACUCGACGUAAGAAAAUAA